CGCUGCGGCUCAGUACUCGCCACCAUCUCCGCAAAAGUCGGGGACUCGGAGGUGUGCCGAGCGAUGCCCCCGAGGCCGAAGCCGAGGCUACUACAAGUGGCCUAUGAAUUGCUAUCUUAGCCGGCCACCAGAGCACUGAAGAGGUCCGAAAACACCCGUUUUCGUGCCUCUCGGCCUCUCUGAGGAUGAUCCAGGAGUUUAAAUUGGGCGCGGAGAAGAGCGAUGGCGCCUGUGCUGCGUAGGCUGUCGGUGAUCGCGUUCAAUCUGUCUGCCGUACAGGUCCUAGCACCCACGCAAGCAGAGCGGCCGAGCCCCGACUUCCGCGGAGCAUAAAGGCACAUUCUAUUCGCGAGGAACCUCAUCAACCUCCCCCUUCUCCUCCGACCAUGUCCUCCAUAACGCAGCUCGCCGGAUACGCAUUCGUGCUGUAUCUCGGCUGGCGGCUGCUCCGCGCGACCAUCCUCAAGCCGGCAUCGCCUCUGGACAACAUCCCCGGUCCUCCGUGCGAUAACUGGAUGCAGGGUAAUAUUAGGAAAAUGUUCGACCCGCGCGCAGCAUGGGACUUCCAAAGGCAGGUGGUAGAGCAGUACGGGCGUGUGGCCGUUCUCAAUAGCUUGUUCGGCUCAAAGAUUCUGUACACGAUCGACCCUCGCGCGCUGCACAAUAUCUACGUGAAGGAGCAAGAUGUCUAUGAGGAAAGCGAGAUUCUCCUCACGAACUUUGGGCUUUACCUCGGUCCUGGUCUGCUCGCUACGCUGGGGGACCAGCACCGCCGUCAACGCAAGAUGCUGAACCCACUGUUCUCGGCGAAGCACCUGCGCGAGAUGACGCCCAUAUUCACGACCAUCAUCCAGAAGCUCGAACACGCGAUCUCAUCGAGGGUGGACAACGGCACGCAGGAGCUCGACAUCCUCAACUGGAUGGGCCGCACCGCGCUGGAACUGAUUGGACAAGGCGGCCUCGGGCACUCGUUCGACCCGCUCACCGAGGAUGUCGCGGACGAGUUCGCAGACUCCGUCAAGGCGUACUUCCCUGUCCAAACUCAGCUCAACAUGAUUUUGCGGCAGACGAUGCCGUACCUUGUGCGCAUUGGCCCCGCCGCGUUGCGCCGGAAGAUCGUCGAGAUGGCCCCGAAGGGCGGCCCUUCGCACCAUAUGAUGCGCAUUAGCGACGCGCUCUCCGAGCGUUCGCACAUGAUUGUGAACGAGAAGAAGAGGGCGUUGCAGCAGGGCGACGAGGCGCUCAAGCAGCAGGUUGGCGAGGGCAAGGAUAUCAUGAGCGUGUUGCUUCGGGAGAACAUGAAGGCCUCGGCAGAGGACCGCCUUUCGGAUGAGGAGGUCGUGGCCCAAGUCUCGACGCUAGUUCUUGCUGCCAUGGACACCACCUCGAACGCACUUGCUCGGAUCUUCCACCUGUUGUCGACUCACCCGGAGGUCCAGCAGAAGCUGCGCGACGAGAUCAUCCAGGCCCGCGACGAUGGCACAGGCAAACUGCGCGAUCUGGAGUACGACGAAGUAAUGGAGCUCCCCUACCUCGACGCCGUGUGCCGUGAAACCUUGAGACGGUACCCGCCCGUCGGAGGGCUGAUGCGCGUUGUCCGCAAGGACUCGGUCAUGCCGCUCUCGUCGCCGAUUCGCGGAAGGGACGGCACGAUGAUCGAGUCGAUCCCGGUCAAGAAGGGCAUGCGCAUCAUCACCGACAUCCGCGGCAGCAACACGAACGUGGAGCUCUGGGGCCCGGACGCGUACGAGUGGAAGCCGGAACGGUGGAUGGAGCCGCUUCCCCGCGCGCUCGAGGAGGCACACAUACCCGGGGUGUACUCCCACUUGAUGACGUUCAUCGGCGGCGCGCGUGCAUGCAUUGGUUUCAAAUUCUCGCAACUCGAGAUGAAGGUCGUCCUCGCCACGCUCAUCCCUGCGUUCAAAUACGAGCUGUCGGACAAGCCCAUCGAAUGGAACGCCGCUGGCGUUGCGUACCCGUCCGUCGGGGAGAGCAGGAAGCCCGAGAUGCCCCUUCGCGUCACUCGCCUGAAGGUGUGAUACCCGCCGAGCUCUCGCGCCGUUCCUUGUUUCUGGAGUAACGCUCGUUCGAGUUGCAUAUCAGUACAAUUCCCGCCCACACGCAUUAAGAAGCUUGGCGUGUUCUAGGGCAUAAUUUAUACACAGGAUAAUGAGAGGUUUUUUU